CGAAUCGUUGCCAAUGUUGUCAUUACCAUUGCCAACAUAAUUACAUAAACAUAACUGAUUCUUUCAUUUCGGUUUUUGAGGUUUUGACAAUACGAGUUUAUAAAUAAUGUAUUCUUUUACGAAAAAUUGUGAUCAAAUAUAGUUUUAAAUAGUUUUUGUUUGAUUUUAAUUAUUAUGGAGCAGAAGCCUGCAUUAGAUUUGGUAAUAUCGGCGGUAUCGGCGCUCUACAACAAUCCAGACAGGAGUGAGAAAGAAAGAGCUUCCCAAUGGCUUUUGGAACUCCAGAAAUCCGUCCAUGCCUGGACAGUAGCAGACGAACUAUUGCAUCUCAAAAGAGACAUAGAGUCAUGUUAUUUUGCAGCUCAAACUAUGAGAACAAAAAUCCACCAGUCUUUCCAUGAGCUGCCCCAAGAAGUCCACAACUCCCUCAGGGAUUCCCUGUUAGAUCAUAUUAAUCAAAUUAAUGAUGCCACUAGCACUGUUAUAGUUACUCAGUUGUGUGUUGCUUUGGCAGAUUUAGCACUUCAAAUGCCUUCAUGGCAAAAUCCUAUGCUUGAUCUGAUUAAUAGGUUUUCACAGAAUAACAUUUGGCCACUCCUGGAGAUUUUAACUGUAUUUCCAGAGGAAUUAGAGAGUAGAUCUGUUAGGUUAGGUGAAAAUAGAAGAUUAGAAGUGCUGGAAGACAUGAAAAUCUGUGCACCCACAGUCAAUGAGUUCCUCAAGCACUGUUCCAACCUCUACAGCAAUAAUUGGCAGGACCAUGUCCAAAUCAAUGUCAAGAUUUUGCGUUGCUUCACAUCCUGGGUCUCUGUGGGAGCCAUUCGUCUCAAUGAUCUUGCAGAAAAUGUUGUCAUCAAUAGGGCGUUCGAGAUCCUCAACUUCAAGCCCCAGGAAGACAAGCGCACCUUAGCCGGAGCCUUCCACGAGGCGGCCACCGACUGCGUGUGCACCCUCCUCCUCUGCCUCGAAGACAACAACAACCAGAUGGUGCUCGAGAACUACCUGUUCAACAACAUCGUCAACCUCGACGUGCCCUACCAUCUGUCGGUGGCCAACGAGGACCAGGGCAAGUCGAUGGACUACUGUCGUCUGUUCACUGAGUUGGCGGAAAGCUUCCUGGAGAAGAUCAUAUCGAACAGCGGCCACAAUCAGACGCACUAUGCCGUCAAGAUAUUGGAUUUGGUGUUGAUGUGCGUCGGGCAUCACGAUUACGAGGUGGCCGAAAUCACAUUCAACCUGUGGUACGUGCUCAGCGAGGAGCUCUACCAGAAGAACAACAAAGAACUGACCGAGCUCUUCCGGCCCUACGUCGAGCGACUAGUGACAGCUCUCUGCCGCCAUUGCCAGAUGGAACCGGACUGCGACGGGCUGCUCGAAGAUGGCGACGACUUCAAGGACUUCCGAGGCAAAGUGUCAGACCUGAUCAAGGACGUUGUGUUCAUUGUGGGCAGCAGCAGCUGCUUCCGCCAGAUGUUCGUUAAUUUGCAGGCGAGCGGCGUCACGUGGGACGCCAGCGAGGCUUCGCUGUUCAUCAUGCAGGCUGUGGCCAAGAACGUGUUACCGACCGAAAACGAGGUGGUGCCAAAAGUGGUCGAGGCCAUCCUUAACGUGCCCGAAACCACCCACCUGGCCGUGAAGUACACGUCGGUGCUGCUGCUUGGUGAGUUGUGCGAGUGGAUCGAGAAGCACCCUGACACCCUCGACCCCGUUCUCAACUUCCUGGUGUGCUGUCUGUCGCAGCAGGGCGUCGGGGCGGCGGCCGCCGUUGCGUUGCAGAAUAUUUGCGCCACGUGUAACGAGCAUAUGCCUAGGCACGUGCCUAUUCUGCUGCAGCUGCUGCAACAGGUGGACACGUUCGCCAUCACCAACAACGCCGUCAUCGGACUCCUCAAAGGCGUGGCUUCGAUAGUGGGCCGCAUGCCGACACCGGCCGAGACCACCCGAGCGAUGCGCGAGCUGUGCCUCAUGCAGCUCAACCCCGUCUGUCAGCUCAUAGACGGGGACACGGUGCCUGUGCGGGGGGCGCGCACCGACCCCGUCCUCUGGCUCGACAGGCUGUCUUCGGUGUUGCGGCACGUCAACGUCAACGUCAGAGAAGGCGAGCCGCACCCCUGCAAACCCGUCGUCCUCGAAGUGUGGCCCGUCCUCUCGCGCACCUUCGACAAAUACCAGAGCGAUCUGCGCAUCAUGGAGCGGUGUUGCCGCUCGGUGCGCUUCAUGCUGCGCUGCGUCAGCCAGAGGGCGCGCGAGCUGCUCGACCAGCUCGUCGGCCAGAUGGUGCGCAUCUACGGGCUCUACAAGCACUCUUGUUUCCUCUACGUCGGUAGUAUUUUGGUGGACGAAUAUGCGGCUGAUGCGGCGUGCGUAAGGGGGCUGUUGGAUAUGCUGCAGGCCUUUUUGGAGCCCACUUUUCAGGUGCUGCAAGAAGAGAACGGUUUGCGUCAGCACCCCGACACCGUCGACGACUUCUUCCGGCUGUGCGCGCGCUUCAUGCAGCGCACACCCACCGCCUUCCUGCAGUGCUCCUCCCUGGUGCACAUCCUGCAGUGUGCGCUGCUGGCCUCCACGCUCGACCACAAGGAGGCCAACAUGUCCGUCAUGAAGUUCUUCUACGAUCUCGUCAAUCAGGGCCAGAGCGACAAGAGCCGAGCGGACUACGAAGAACGACAAGCCCUAGUCCGCCGCAUUCUGGACGAAUACGGCCAACAGCUAGUAUCAAACUUAGUGCACUCGUGCGUCUUCUAUUUGCACUCGUACAUGCUGAGCGAGGUGGCGGACGUGUUCGUGCAGCUGCUAGACUUCGAUAGGGAGAAGACGGGGGAAUGGCUGGCGCGGGGGUUGGAGUCGUUGCCGAAGCACGGGCAUGCGGGCAUCGUGACGGCAACACCGCACCAGCUCACCGGCAUCCACUCGUCCAUCACCAGGUCGAACACCUCAAAAUCUGUGACACACGCUUUAAAAGAUUUGACUCGAUUGUAUCGUUAACGUGAACGAAAGGACUUAUCAUAGAUUAUUUCAAUUGUAAUAUAUACGAUUUUAUAUUGAUUGUCAGCUGUAUGAUGAUUGAAUGCGAGCCUGGCUUUCUUGAAAGUCGAAAAGAUGAUAAUUCAAGGGGUCAAUUUGCGAAUGUGACAGGAAAAGAAUGUAUUUUUAUUGUAUAAGAUCUAAGAAUAAAAAAAAUAUUGUUAGUGUUUA